GAAAUAAAAGAGAAACAAAAGGAGAAAUGGGAAGAGGAAACGAAAAAGGUCGCUCUUUUCUCUGGUUCGGGAAAGGCUUGACAGAGGAGGGACAGACCGUGGGUUUUGCGAAGAGAGAGAGACUACGAUAACCCGCGAGCUAGAAGAGAGAGAAACAGAGAGGGGCUCGGUAAUCUCUGGACUGAAGAGAAAAUUCUAGAGAGAGAGCAAAAGGUUUAUGGCUUAGUCGGAGCUGAGUUGGUGGCGCUAGGGUUUCGGCAUGUUCCACGAAGGCGUAAAGCUCAAUUAGUUCUGGGAAUUUGAUUGGAAACUACUGGCUUUCACAUAGUCAUUGUGCUGAAUAACUGGAUCACUGUGUCUGGGUAACUUUCAAACAUUCUUGCCAUCCAAAGAGUAAUGCAACUUUUGCUGCUUGACAAAAUAUCAACUUGGCACAAGGAUCUAUGUAGGAUGAAGUACAAUAUUUAAGGCACUAUGACACUUGAAGAUUUUUUCACUCUAACUGAGAUGAGGGAUGGAUUGACUGCUCCCUCUCGUGUUGAGGAGCUGGUCAGUGUUAUGCAGAAAGAAAAGGAUUAUGUUCUGAAGAAUGCUGGCGAUGCAAUCAGGCAGUGGGCUGCUGUUGCAAGUACCAUUGCUGCCACAGAGAGUAAAGAGUGUCUUGAUCUAUUUGUUCAGUUAGAUGGAGUAUCAUUCAUUGAUAGAUGGCUAAGGGAUGCUGAAAAGUUUGAAAAUGACUCUAGCGAUAGUCUUGUGGAGGAGUCAAUGACUGUGCUGCUACAUGCAAUAAAGAAGCUAGAACUAGACACUGGGAGGUCAAUUUCUUCUGGAAUUUGGAUUACCAUCAAGAAUCUUCUUGGCCACCGUAGUGUAAAGGUUCAGGAUAGUGCAAGAGCACUUUUCGAGAGCUGGAAGCGCAGUGAAGAUGGCGAUAAUCGUUGCCAUGAUAUCGGAAGUUCUGUGUCAUGUGACAAUGGGACUGAGCAAGUCAGGAAUCCUGUUAGAGAGAGUGUUCAGUCUGAAUGCUCUGAUGUAAAUGUUCCACUUUCCAAUGAAAGAGGUAAUGCAGAAGGUUUGGCUGCAGAACCUGCUGGACAUGAAAAAUUUCCAUCAAGAAGUCCCAACUGUCUCCAACGGCAAAAGGUUGAGGAUGACCACAUUCAGACUCAUACUCAUGUCAAUCAGCUAUCUGUGCAGAAGAUACCGGAAGAUGCAGAUGUGAAGGAUAGAUCUGUGGGUCCUUUGGCAUCUUCUCCCACGUCAAGCCCUAUACCUGAGACAAAUGAGGUUGUAAAAGAAUCCUCUACGUGCCCAGUCGAAGGGACACCCUCACUUGAAAUUCCUGGUCAUUCAGUUCCACAAGAGGAGAGUGGUGGACGACACAGAAAACCUGAUAUGGGCAAGUUAUAUGAAAUCGGAAAGCAGGAAGACAAGCUUAAUUUUUCUCAUGAAAAAUUGGUAAUGGCAGAAAAAUCUGCCUUCAAUGCAUUUGAACUUACAGCUGUUUCUUUUGAUCUAGAUGCUGCAACUGCAACUGCUCAAGUCACUGCGCCUAAAGUUACAGCGGCUGAUGAUAUCAAUAGCACCAGUUUCCGCGUUGGAAAGGCCGCUCUAGGUCUAAGAAGAACUACUUCUGAGGUGAAGAAUGAAAAGGAUGACAAGGGGAUUUUAGGCCAAUGCAACACGGUGCUUAAGACGGUUGAAGAUAGUGUUUGCAGCUCUGCUACCAUGCAAAAGUCUUCUGUUGACAGAGGAGCUGCUAAAGAAGAUGAGGACCAUUCAAGUGAUGAUGGUGAAAACUUAGCAGGUGCUUCUAAUUCUUACAGACUAGGAAUGGAAGUCAGAGGUCCUAGCAUGGCUGAACGGAAGAGGUCAAGAAUUGAGCAUGAAUAUGGCAUUGUUGAUGCUAUAGAAGUAGCUCGACAAGUUGCUCAAGAAGUGGAGAGAGAAAUGAACUUAGAGAGAGAUUCAGAAGGUGUAAUCCGGCAGCAUGGUAGCCCUGAGCCUAUCAAUGGGAAACAAGAUGUAUUGGCCAAUAUCCCAUCAAUUGAGAGGCCAAGAGAACGGAAUGAUGCUUCUGAGGCAUCUUCUGAGGGAGAGGGAAGUUUAAUAAAUCCGGAGAACUUGAAUACUGAACAGGAUGGUUCUAUGCAUGAAAUGGAGUCCUCUCAAGUAACAGAAGCAACGCAAGAACCGGAAGAUAAGACGGAGAAAGGCAUGUGCGUCUUUGAUUUGAACCAAGAAGUUUCCUCGGAUGAUGUGGAUUGCACUGCAAAUGCAGUGUCUGCGCCAGUCUCUAUUGUUUCUGCUUCAAAACCGGCAGCAGCAGCUUCUGGAUUGCCUCUAGCUCCUUUGCAAUUCGAAGGAAGUCUCGGUUGGAAAAACUCUGCUAGGAGCGCGUUUCGUCCAGCAUCACCUCGAAGAAGCACUGUUGCUGAUAGAACUGUUCCCGGAGAGGAAUCCCAUGAAUCCAAGCAGAGGCAUACAUGUCUAGACAUCGAUCUUAAUGUGGCAGAAGGUGGAGAUGAUAAAGCUGCUGAUCUUAUGCCGGGGAUGCAAAUCCCGGUCUCUUCAAGUCUUCGAUCUGGAGAAUCUUCAGUGGAGGUUAGUUCCAAGAGAUCAGAGAGGUUCAAACUGGAUUUGAAUCGCAUUGGUGAUGAUGGCGAACCAUCAAUUUCAGAUUUUAGGGUGGAGCGCCAGCUACUUAACCUUAGAAAUGGCCAACGCAGCCCGUCCCCUGCAUCAUCUUCAUCAACCAUGAGGAACUUUGAUUUGAAUGACAGGCCACUGUUUCACAAUGAUUUUUCUGACCAAGGUCCCUACAGUGGCAGAUCUUCCCAAAAUGUGACAAGUUAUGGGAAGCCCAAAUCAGAACCUGUUAUUUCUAUAUUCGGUGCAAAAGUGGAGGUCGACAAGAAAGAUCAUGUACCUCAGAAUUUGUCCCUGCUAAAUGGCAAGGCUCUGGAGUCUGCAGCAGAUGCCGGUGUGGCAAGACCAGGAGGCUUUUGGGGGAUGGGUCCCACAAUCUCUUAUCCACAUGCCUGGGCAUACAAUGGAUUAAACACAGGGCCUACUGUUUCUCUCUCUUCUACCAUGUAUCGACCCGGUGGCUCAAUGCCUUACAUGGUGGACCCACGUGGGCCCCCAUUUGUGCCUCAAGCCAUUGGAUCUGUUUCACCUGUUCUCUCCUCUUUCCCUCAGGCACCGUUCAUGAUGAACAUGACCUCUGCGCCCCUCGGUAUCAAUGGUCCUGGCCCUUCUCGGGCACAAUUUGAUCUGAAUUCUGGAUUCUCGAUUGAUGGAGUUAACCGUGAGCCGGCUGUUUUGAGACAGUUUUUAGUGCCAGAUCAGGGUAGAUCAAUGGAAGAACAUCUGAGGGUUAGCUUGCAACCGUCUUCAAGUUCUGGGCUGGGUGGCAAGAGGAAGGAACCAGAGGGUGGAUGGGAACCUUACCCGAUUGGCUUCCGGCAGCAGCAACCUCCAUGGAAAUAAAUGUCGGUCCAACGAAGCUUUUUGGGUCAGUCCGAAUGUCCAACCACAAACAGAUAGGGGAGUGCUUCCUUUCUGAAGAUCAUGAGCAUAGGGGGAACAAAUUGGCUUUCAUGGGAAGUGGGUUUGAAACUGAAUAAAAUCUGGAGAUAGCGAGGGAAAUCUGAUUCUUGAGAGAUUAAUUUUUCUUAGGUGGGGGGGAAUUUUAGUUUUAUAGCCUAAAUUUUGGGGUUUUCUUUAUAUUCUCACGUUAUUAGUGUCUUAUAGAAGGCCUCUGCUGCCGCUGGAGGUUUGGUUAGAUAGCUGUUGGUAUCUCUCCCAUUCCCAUGUCUGUCAAAAGAAUAUUUCUAGGAGCAAAUCUUUCUGUCACCUUUGUGUUUCCUUGGAGAGAAGAAUGUGAAGAGCUAACUUGCUUUGGAGUUCACAAGGUGUAAUGCUAAAAUUUGCUGUGAUGGGAAGGUAAUUAACUCCGUUAUUCCUCGCUUCUCAUUUGCUGUUGAAUAGAAUGAGGGGCUGUUGCUUGU